CUUAUCAAUGGAUACCCUGUAGGCUAUCACCAUCCAUUGAGCGGUGCUGAUACACAAGCAUGACCCGCUAGUUCAACACAAGUCCUCCAAAAUGCGCGGACCGCUUGGUGGCAUGCAUGUGCAAAUUCUUCUAGCUCUCAUUAUAUAUGCCAUAGUUGUAGCAGCUCGGUUUGAGGACCAGGCUGGUGCGUAUGACUGGUAUAAACAGCACAUUGGCAUAGCCACGUCUGCACAAUUUCAUCCCAGCAAGCCGCGUGUUUGCGUGGCGACGGAGCAGUCGGUGGUCGGCUGCUUAAACCUGCGCGAUGGCAGCAUCGCGUGGCGGAAGUCACUUCAGACAGCUCAUGCAGCGCCAUCAGUAGCAUACGUUGAAAGCUCGAGCUCACUGGUGACGGCGUCAGGUGGCUUGGUUCGCGCGUUCGAUCUGGAGGGCGGCCUCAAGUGGCAGCGCAAGCUGCCUGUGCAGUCAGGAGCAUUUGUUUCGGAAGUUAAGGGCAAAGGCAGUGACAACUCCAGUGGCGCGAUCCUGGCUGUCCAGGCAGGCGCGGUCCAGGUCCUGGACGCUGCGGACGCGUCCCAGCUGUCGAAGCCGCAUCAGCUGAAGGGCCUGGCCAAGGACAACAUCGUUGCCGCCGACGGCUACCUCGUAGCGUACAACACCGGGUCCAAGGCCGUGCUGCUUGUGUCGACGUCCAGCUUUGUUGCCGGCGACGCGGCCGCUGAGGUGGUGGUGGAGGCACCACAGAAUCUGUCGGCAGCGGCUGCAGGCGGGCCGGCUGGCUUUGCGGCGCUGUCCGCUUGCGGUAGCUCGCUCUGUGUCCUGCGACUUGGCGGCUCCGGGGAUGCGGCGUUCAGUUGCCUGCGCCUGGACGCGCUUGUUCCGGAGCUGACCGCGGCCCCCGCGGUUAGCCGCAAGCUGAUUGCCACCUCGGCAGGCUUCGUGCUUUUGAGCAGCGAUGCGGGCGCUGCUGUGCUCUCCGUCGUUGAUGGCGCACCCAAGCUGCUGCGCUUCAAUGCUGCCGCCAUGGGCGCCUCGGCAGAGGCCGUGGUGGGCGACGACACGGCUGUGGGGCUGGUUGAGGGCGCAACUGGCGACAAGCUGCGGCUGGUGGUGGUGUCGGUGUCCAGCGGCGAGGUGCUCCAGGAGGAGGACUUCCCGGCGGCGGCACUGAACCGUGCCGCCCAUGGUGCCGCCCUGCAGCCCGGCUUGGUGGCGCUUGGCGCUUUCCGCAAGAAGGACAAGAGCUGGGGUGUCAGGGCACUGGUGGUGUUCCGCUGCGGCCUGACGGCGCUGCUGCAGCAGGGGGUGGUUGUGUGGAGCCGCGACGAGAGCCUGGCCACCAUCCGCCAGACGCUGUUCGUGGACCUGCCCGCAAACGGCACCGCGCUUAAGGGCGACGCGGCCGCCAAGGCCGACAUGAACACGCGCAUCCGGUACCAGGUGCUCGGCGCCAAAGUGCAGCUGAAACUGAACACGCCCGCCGAGGCAGCCGAGCUGCUGGAGCUUCGCGGCCUGCUUUCGGACAAGAACACGCCCACGCGUGACGUCAACGGCUUCCGCAAGCUGCUGCUGGCGCUGACCGGCACAGGCUCGCUGUCUGCGCUGCACAAUGGCGACGGCCGCGUCCUGUGGUCGCGCACCUUCGCGCCGGAUGCCGUGCCCACGCGCCUGCUGCAGUGGCGCUCGUACCACGACAUCACGCACGCGCCCGAGGUGCUGCUGCUGCGCGAGACCCAGCCCGGCGCCUACGUCUCAGCCAUUAACGCGCACACCGGCGAGGAGCUCUGGAAGCAGCCGCUGACGCACGGCGUUUCGCGCGUGGUGCCCGUGCCCGCCCCGCUUAUUGAGGGUUCGGCGGUGCAGAGCGUCUACCUAUUGGUGGACCAUGCACCGGCGCCGGGCGCGGUCCCGGCCGUCACGUUGCUGCCGGACACUGCCGCCGCACAGGCCCACUUUGCCUCAUCGCAGCGCGCGCCGUACCUGUUCUGGGAGGGCUCGCAGCCGGGCGUGCUGCAGGGUUUUAGCCUGGAGGCGGGGGCUGCUGGGGCCGGUAUCUCGGCCCGCCUGGCGUGGCAGGUGGCGCUGCCGGACUCUGUGCUGGCGCUGGCGACCCGUGACCCCACCGAGCCCAUCCAGUCGUCCGUCAAGGUUCUGUCCGACCGCACCAUCAAGUACAAGUACCUCAACCCCAACCUGCUGUUUGUGGCCACUGGCCUGGCCAACGGCGCGGCCCUGGACGGCGACGACUCGACGGCCGUCACGGCGCACCUGGUGGACACCGUGACCGGCCGCGUGCUGUACAGCCAGUCCCACCCGGGCGCGCGAGGCCCUGUGACGGCGGUGGUAUCUGAGAACCUGGUUCUGUACCACUUCCGCGACGUCGAGAGCGGCAGGUUCGUGGCCUGCUCUAUGGAGAUGUACGACGCCACGCCCGGCCGCGAAUUCAGCGUGUUGGACUACCUGUUCAACCCCAACAGCACGCAGCCCGUGUCUUCGCUGACGCCCACGCCCAUCGAGGUGGUGAGCCAGUCUUACUUCUCCCGCAUCGUGCCCACGGGCCUGGCCGUGACGCGCACGGAGCAGGGCAUCACCGCCAAGCAGCUACUGGUCGUGACCAACACCGACCAGGUUUAUGCACUAGACCGCCGAUGGGUGGACCCACGACGCCCCAAGAAGCAAAAGCUGACGCAGGACGAGAUGGAGGAGGGCCUGACGCCAUACCAGGACACUCUGCCCUUCUCGCCGCUCAGCUUCGCCACGCUGGACAAGCAAGUGCUGGGCCUGCGCGCCGUGACGGUGGAGCCCACCCGCCUCGAGUCGACCUGCCUCAUGUUCGCGCACGGCGUGGACCUGUUCUACACGCGGCUGGCCCCCGCUAAGGGCUUUGACAGCCUGGAGGAUGACUUCAACUACGCUCUGCUGAUUGCGGCGCUGGUGGCUCUUUCGGUUGGCGCUGUCAUCAUGAACUACAUGACCAAGCAGGCGCAGCUGGCGUGGAAGUGGAAGUAGUUGGCGGGCGUGGAAACGGCUUGCACGUUAUGGUUAGUUGGCUGAACGCCGUGUGAUAGUUUUGGCGAAGCAGGGGUGGUGACGUUUAUGGGGUCGGCUAGUCUGAGGGAUAAUGGGCUUAUCUCACUCUGCAUCCCAUGUCGCAGGCCUUUCCGCAGGGGCAUUGCCAGAAAGCAGGUACUGUCUGCCGCAACGUGUGCCCGUGUGUGCUCCGUUAUGUUCGGCGGCAUCGUUACUAACAUGGCCGUGCGUAAGAUGAAGUAAGCUGGGGUAUAGGGAUGCAGCGGGGUUGAAGUAGACCGACGCUGAGCAGUAGGGCCAGUAUUUGGAGACCGGGGGCCCAAGUGUAAGUUCACAGCGGA